UUGUGACUGCAACUCUUCCAAGAAUGGUGUUCCUCCCAAUUCUCUUCCUGGUGCUGUGUGGCAUGGCCUUCUUCGCCGGGGUGCCGUUGAAUGACUAUGUCCUCUCCGUUGCCAGCUGCCGUCUGGAGAGGACGGCCAGCGCUGUGUGGUUCUGGAGCUGGGGCAUGGCAGAUUUCAUCUUCAUCUUCUUACUGCCCCUCAGAUUCACCUCCAUCUUCAUCCUGGACUUAGACUGGGCAAAGGGGCUGAGCAGCACCCUCACCUCCUUCCACAUGUUCUUCAGCACCUUCCUCCUCACGGCCCUCAGUGUUGAUCGCUGCAUCCUUGUGGCACACCCUGAGUGGGCCCAGACAUGCCGGACACCACUCCUGGCUUUCAGAAUGGUUAUGGGCAUGUGGGCCCUGUCUGCUUGGUUCAGCUUGCGGUACGGUUAUCUCUGGGAAUCCCUGCUCUCACCUGCCAGCACUGACAUGAAUUUCCAACUAGAUGAAGGGAGGGUGAAGGCUGCCAUUGUGAUCCAGUUCCUGUUUGGGUUUCUGAUCCCAUUAGCUUUGAUCUUGAUCCCAACCUUCUACAUCUUUCUAGGUGCCAAGCUAAGGAACAGGCUGAACCAGUCCACCAAGCCACUCAAGAUCCUUCUUGGUUUGAUCCUGACCUUUUUCAUCUGCUGGCUGCUGUAUCAUGUCUUCUUCUUCCUGCAGAUCUCAGCUAAGUACCCUCUGCCUACUCUGAAAAUGGGAAGCACUUUUGCUUGUAUCCUGACAUAUUUCAACAGUUGCCUCAACCCCAUCUUCUACCUCAUCAUGGAGGAAGAGUUUCUGAGAUACCGGCAACAUUCAUGCAGAGCCCAAACCACAGAGAAUUUGGCGGUGCCUGAAUAGAGGAAUGGAUGAAUUGUCGAUAUUUGCAUGGAGAAAGAAAUCUGUUAGCUGUG